GUGCCGUUCAAAAAAACCAGUAAAAAACAAAUUUACAAUAAUAAGGCCUAUCUAGGGCAUCGAGCAAAGGCAUAUAAAAAUAUCUAGAGAGAGAGACACCCGGAGAGAUAUAGUGUUAGGUCUAGCUACAAGAUUCAUCGUCGGCCGGAGAGAUAAUCAGUAUCAAUGGGGCGGAGAAAGCUCGAAAUUAAGCGGAUCGAAAAUAAGAGUAGCAGGUCAGUGACGUUUUCGAAGCGGAGGACGGGAUUAAUAAAGAAAGCACGACAUCUUUCCUUGCUCUGCGAUGCGGAUGUCGCCCUCAUCGUAUUCUCCGCCCCCGGCAAACUCUAUGAAUUCUGCAGCAGCGCUACUAACAGUAUGGCACAUCUUCUUGCUAGGUAUGAGAAAAGUCGCCUUGAACCACAAAGUGGGACCAUUGAAGGAGAUGACCAAGAUUUAGAACUUCCAUUGCAGUGCACAAAAUUCAGAACAUGUAAAGAGCUUCUACAGGAGGUAGACAGGCUUGUUGAAGAGAAUAAUACCGAAGAGCGCUCUCUGAGUGACAUGACACAACUAGAGGAAGAACUUCAUGAUGCUCUUGUGCAAACACGAUCAAGAAAGACACAGUUAAUGAUGGACUACAUAUCCACUCUCCAAGAAGAGGAAAGGAAGUUAAGAAAAGAUAAGGAAGAAACAGCGAAGCAGAUUGCAUCAGUGGAGCAUAUAGUUGCAGGGGUUGAUGAGGUUGGGGGGCAUAACGACCUUGCCACUAACGAGAUGAAUUCGCUCCGACGUCUUCUCACACUCUCCCUUUUUAAUCCCUAAACUUCUCAGACUUACUAACUUUAAUUGCUUCCAGAAACAGUUUGAUCUUUAGAAUGGCGAAUUUAAUAAGUCAAUAAUCCAAUUAGAAGUAUUGGGCUCAUUGGCCUUGUGGAGUCUAUCCUGCAUGCGUGUCUUUUUUUAGUAGGUAGUGUGAAAUAUGGGGUUAGUUCUGUUAAAUGGGUCAAAUAGUUUAUAGAGACUCAGUGAACUGUGAUUAAGGGCUUAACAUUGAAGUAUUCUAUGUUAUUCCCAUUGGUCCAUUGGGUUAUUAUUACUGUAUACGCGGCUUCACAAUUAUUUUUGAUGCUGCUUCUAUAGCGGGCAACGCUUCAUCCUCCUUCGACAAUGUUUCUUCAGCCGAUAACACGUCUUUAGCAGGCACUUCUUCUUCUUCAUCCCACUCUCAAACUGUAAUUCUAAAUUUGAUGUAUGCUUUGAUUAUGUUGUGCCUCAAGAACGAAUUAGAAUUUACGAUUAUAUCUUUAGUAAAUUUUUAAUUGUUAACUUUUGUCUCAAAGCAAUUAAACC